UUUAUUAAGCAGCUUCUGUGCACGGAGCUUUUUAGGGCACUGAGGAGACCGAAGGUAAUAAAAAACCUAUAGAGAGGCCUCCCAGGCCUGUGCACCCCUUAAGGGCAGGCCGGUCCGGGCCAUUUGGGUCCCCGCUGGGCCCCCAGCACCGCACAGGACACACAGUAGGGGCCCACCGAGCGUUCCCUGAACGAACGCGGGAAUCUAAGUGUCCCGCCCGCAGGGCGUUCUCGGACUGGUGGGGCGGAAACGGACCCAAAACCACCGAGACGUCCUGGGGCUUCUGGGAAUCCCAUCAGCGCCGGCCGCGAGGCCUCUAGGAAGCUCUGAAGUUGGACCCCGCGUUCCCGGCGCCCCCCACCCCAGGGCCGUCGCAGGUCAGCAAAGACCGAUUGAGCUGGCCCCCAAAAGGACACUCCCCAAGUCCCCAGCUGGGGGCCCCGCGUAGACCUGGAGUGGACACCCCCUCCUUCCCUUCAUGAUUCGUUUGUAGCGCAGUGGCGAUGGAUGAUGAGGAUGGGAGAUGCUUACUAGACGUGAUUUGUGACCCUCAGGCCCUCAAUGACUUCCUACAUGGAUCCGAGAAGCUCGAUGGUGAUGACCUCCUGGAUAACCCCGGGGAAGCCCAAAGUGCCUUCUAUGAAGGUCCUGGGCUCCACGUGCAAGAAGCUUCUGGCAACCACUUGAGCCCAGAGCCCACGCAGCCGGCCCCCAGCGUGGACCUAGAUUUCCUGGAGGAUGCGAUCCUGGGGUCACCGGCCGCAGGGGGCGGUGGCGGGGGCGGUGGCGGCGCCGACCAGCCCUGUGACAUCCUCCAGCAGAGCCUCCAAGAGGCCAACAUCACUGAGCAGACACUUGAGGCUGAGGCCGAGCUGGACCUGGGUCCCUUCCAGCUGCCUACCCUCCAGCCUGCGGAUGGUGGAGCCGGCCCGGCCGGUGCUGGAGGGGCUGCUGCCGUGGCCGCUGGGCCCCAGGCCCUGUUCCCGGGCGGCCCGGACCUGUUGGGACUGCAGGCCCCGCCCACCGUGCUGACCCACCAGGCCCUGGUGCCGCCCCAGGAUGUGGUCAACAAGGCCUUGAGUGUCCAGCCCUUCCUGCAGCCCGUGGGCCUGGGCAACGUGACCCUGCAGCCCAUCCCAGGCCUCCAGGGUCUGCCCAACGGCAGCCCCGGGGGCGCCACGGCGGCCACGCUUGGCCUGGCCCCCAUCCAGGUGGUGGGCCAGCCUGUCAUGGCACUCAACCCGCCCACUUCCCAGCUCCUCGCCAAGCAGGUGCCUGUCAGCGGCUAUCUGGCCUCGGCAGCCGGCCCAUCAGAGCCCGUGACCUUGGCGUCUGCCGGCGUCUCGCCCCAGGGGGCUGGCCUAGUCAUCCAGAAGAAUCUCCCCACAGCUGUGGCCACCACGCUCAACGGGAACUCGGUGUUUGGAGGGGCAGGGGCAGCCACGGCGGCAGCCGGCGGGGCGCCCUCGGGGCAACCGCUGGCGGUGGCCCCUGGCCUUGGCACAUCACCGCUGGUCCCAGCGCCCAACGUGAUCCUGCAUCGCACGCCCACACCCAUCCAGCCGAAGCCCGCUGGCGUGCUGCCCCCCAAGCUCUACCAGCUGACACCCAAGCCCUUCGCUCCAGCGGGCACCACGCUCACCAUCCAGGGCGAGGCGGGGGGCCUCCCACAGCAGCCCAAGGCCCCCCAGAACCUGACUUUCAUGGCAGCAGGAAAGGCCGGCCAGAACGUGGUGCUGUCGGGCUUCCCCGCACCCGCGCUGCAGGCAAAUGUCUUCAAGCAGCCUCCUGCCACCACCACCGGGGCCGCCCCGCCCCAGCCCCCCGGGGCCCUGAGCAAGCCCAUGAGCGUCCACCUCUUGAAUCAAGGCAGCAGCAUCGUCAUCCCCGCGCAGCACAUGCUGCCGGGCCAGAACCAGUUCCUGCUGCCGGGUGCGCCUGCCGUCCAGCUCCCCCAGACGCUCUCGGCCUUGCCCACCAACGUUGGCGGGCAGAUCCUGGCAGCCGCGGCCCCACACGCGGGCGGACAGCUCAUCGCAAACCCCAUUCUCACCAACCAGAACCUGGCGGGGCCACUGAGCCUGGGCCCCGUGCUGGCCCCCCACUCCGGGGCCCACAGUGCCGCCCACAUCCUCUCGGCUGCCCCCAUCCAGGUGGGCCAGCCAGCACUCUUCCAGAUGCCUGUGUCGCUGGCCGCGGGCAGUCUGCCCACGCAGAGCCAGCCGGCCCCCACCGGCCCUGCCGCCACGACUGUCCUCCAGGGCGUCACUCUGCCCCCCAGUGCCGUGGCCAUGCUCAACACCCCCGACGGGCUGGUACAGCCGGCCACCCCUGCCGCCACGGGGGAGGCCACACCUGUUCUUGCGGUGCAGACAGCCCCCCAGGCACCCCCGGCGGUCAGCACCCCUCUGCCUUUGGGCCUCCAGCAGCCACCAGCGCAGCAGCAGCAGCAGCAGCAGCAGCAGCAGCAGCCGCCGCCACCACCGCCCCCGCAGGCCCCUACCCCUCAGGCCGCCGCCCCGCCUCAGGCCACCACCCCCCAGCCCAGCCCAGGCCUGGCGUCCAGCCCAGAGAAGAUCGUCCUGGGACAGCCGCCCUCUGCCGCCACCACGGCCAUCCUCACUCAGGACUCCCUGCAGAUGUUCCUGCCCCAGGAGAGGAGCCAGCAGCCCCUCUCCGCAGACGGCCCCCACCUCUCCGUGCCCGCCUCGGUCAUAGUCAGCGCCCCGCCUCCCGCCCAAGACCCAGCCCCGAGCACCCCCAUCGCCAAAGGAGCUGGCCUCGGCCCUCAGGCCCCCGACAGCCAGGCUUCCCCAGCGCCGGCCCCCCAGAUCCCGGCAGCGGCUCCGCUGAAGGGCCCAGGCCCCUCCUCGUCCCCGUCACUACCUCACCAGGCCCCUCUGGGAGACAGCCCCCACCUGCCCUCCCCACAUCCUGCCAGGCCUCCCUCCCGACCCCCCUCUCGACCCCACUCCCGCCCUCCCUCCCAGCCCCAGAGCUUGUCCCGCCCACCCUCAGAGCCCACCCUGCACCCUUGCCCCCCGCCCCAGGCACCCCCCACUCUGCCUGGCAUCUUUGUUAUCCAGAACCAGCUGGGAGUCCCCCCACCUGCCAGCACCCCAGCCCCUGCUGCCCCGGGCCCACCCCAGCCCCCCUUGUGCCCCCCAUCCCAACCCCCUGAGGGGCCGCUGCCCCCAGCUCCCCACCUCCCUCCCGCCUCCACAUCCUCUGUCGCGGCCUCCACGGAUGUGGCCACCAGGCUGCCAGCCCCUACGCCCCCUGACUUCCAGCUCCAGUUCCCGCCCAGCCAGGGGCCCCACAAGUCCCCCACGCCCCCUCCGACCCUCCACCUGGUCCCUGAGCCCGCCGUGCCCCCCCCACCGCCUCCUCGGACCUUCCAGAUGGUGACUGCCCCCUUCCCGGCGCUGCCCCAGCCGAAGGCUCUUCUGGAGAGGUUUCACCAGGUGCCGUCCGGAAUCAUUCUCCAGAACAAGGCCGGGGGGGCCCCCGCCGCCCCGCAGACCUCCGCCAACCUGGGGCCCCUCGCCAGCCCCACUGCCUCUGUGCUGGUCAGCGGGCAGGCCCCAUCUGGGACCCCCACCGCCCCCAGCCAUCCCCCUGCCCCGGCACCCAUGGCCACUGCAGGCCUCCCUCCCCUGCUUCCUGCCGAGGGCAAAGCUUUUGCCAGCAGCCUCCCGACCCUGAGUGUGGCCAAGGCCGCCGCCGCCGGGCCAGGGAAGUCCUCCGGGCUGCAGUAUGAGAGCAAGAUGGGCAGUCUGAAGAAAACCCCGGCCCUGCAGCCUAGCAAAGAGGCCUGUUUCCUGGAACAUUUGCACAAACAUCAGGGCUCCGUCCUGCACCCUGACUACAAGACAGCCUUCCCCUCCUUUGAGGACGCCCUGCAUCGCCUCCUUCCCUACCAUGUCUACCAGGGUGCACUCCCCUCCCCCAGCGACUACCACAAAGUGGAUGAGGAGUUUGAGACCGUGUCCACGCAGCUGCUGAAACGCACCCAGGCCAUGCUCAAUAAAUACCGCCUCCUGCUCCUGGAGGAGUCCCGGAGGGUGAGCCCCUCCGCGGAGAUGGUGAUGAUCGACCGAAUGUUCAUUCAGGAGGAGAAGACCACCCUUGCCUUGGACAAACAGCUGGCCAAGGAGAAGCCCGACGAGUAUGUGUCUUCCUCGCGCUCUCUUGGCCUCCCCAUCGCUGCCUCUUCCGAGGGACACCGGCUCCCUGGCCACGGCCCAGCACCAUCCUCAGUGUCCGGGGUCCCCACCCAGCCGCCUCUGCACCUGCCAACCAAGCUGGUGAUUCGGCACGGUGGGGCGGGUGGCUCCCCUUCGGUGACCUGGGCUCGGGCAUCCUCCUCCGCUGCCUCCUCCUUGGAUGCUGAUGAGGACGGUCCCAUGCCCUCCCGCAACCGGCCUCCUAUCAAGACCUAUGAGGCCCGCAGCCGCAUCGGCCUCAAGCUCAAGAUCAAGCAGGAAGCCGGGCUCAGCAAGGUCGUCCACAACACCGCGCUGGACCCCGUGCACCAGCCCCCGCCCCCUGCUGCCCUCAAGGCAGCGGAGCCCCCACCCCGGCCCCCCGCGCCACCCCCUGCCACGGGCCAGAUGAACGGCACAAUGGACCACCCGCCGCCUGCCACCACUGACCGCAAGCCCACCGCGGCCCAGGCCCCCCACUGUCCCCGGCUGCCCCUCCGGAAGACGUACCGCGAGAACGUGGAGGCCCUGGGUGGCGGGGCCGGGGAGGGGGCCGGGAGCGUCAGGGCCCGGGGCAGCAGCCCCGCGCAGCUGCCCACCAAAGUGGACGAGGCCACCAGCGGGCUCAUCCGCGAGCUGGCCGCGGUGGAGGACGAGCUGUACCAGCGCAUGCUGAAGGGGGCGCCCCCGGAGCCCGCGGCCAGCGCCGGGCAGGGCAGCGGCAGCCGGGACCCCGGCUGGGAGGCGCCCCCAGCCAAGCGGCGCAAGUCCGAGUCGCCCGACGUGGACCAGGCCAGCUUCUCCAGCGACAGCCCGCAGGACGACACGCUCACGGAACACCUCCAGAGCGCUAUCGACAGCAUCCUGAACCUCCAGCAGGCCCCGGGGCGGACACCUGCACCCCCAUAUCCCCACGCCGCCCCGACAGCCGUCUCGCCUGCCUCCCCGGCGCCCCUGCACAGGCCAGAGGCCUACCCGCCCUCCAGUCACAACGGUGGCCUCGGCGCCAGGACGUUGAACAGAUAACACCGGGCUGGUCUUCGCUUCCUUGUCUCCCCCCGACACACACACCUCCCAAGUUGUGCGCGUGUGUUUGCGCGCGGACAUCGGGGGGCAGGGAGGCCUCUGGGCGCCUGACCUCAGCCUCGUGGGGGACGCGAGCCGGGGAUCCCCUGACAGUUUUUCUUGCCUAAGUUAUUUGAGUCACAAAGGCCUCCUCCCCCACUUCCUGCGUCAGCCGGGUUGUUGGGUGGGGGUCGUGGAUUGAGGGGAGGAGGCUGUAAUGUAAAAUGUGCCCCUGCCAAAGGUGGGGGUAAUCCCGGUGUGUCAUUUCCUAUUUCUUCCCGCUUCCUGCCACACUCCGCCCCUCCGUGGGGAAGGUGGGGUGGGGGGGGACACACGUGUGUUUGCCAGGGAAGGGGGUAACCUGGUCGUUCCCACUGCUCCCGCGUGUCCCGGUACUGGGCUUGUCCGUGUGGCCGCACAGAUCGAGGCGUCGAAGGUGCUCAAAGCCUGGAGGGUCCUUUGUGAGCCUCGCUCAGCCUCUCCCUACCGCCCCCCAGAGGCUGUAAAAGGAAAUGCAGGGAAGGGCGGGCGUCAGCCAGCGUCCCAGACCCCCUCCUCGGAGGGCUGUGCCCGCGGGCACCUGUGUCCCAUCCGCAUGUGUGCGUCCAGUUCCGUGUCCCGUGUCCCUGUGUGUGUGCUCGAGUGAGCGAGAGAGAGAGUGAGAUUUCGAACCCUCCCGGCCCCUCGACUGAAAUCCGAGCACCUCCAAAACAGGAAACCGGGGUCUUCCUCCCCACCCCGCCAUUCCUCCCCAGCCAGUCUUCCCUCUGUUCUUCCUGUCGCCAGCCACCCGCGCCAGAUUUUGAAAUCUCGGAGACAAAACUAGUACUGUAAGAUAAAUUUUUUUGUACUGUAUUUAUUGUGUAUAACAAUUUUUUUAAAGGAGAAUUCUGUACAUUUAGAACUCUUGUAAAUUAAAAACUGAUCCUUUUUUUAAAACUGUA